AUGUUCGCGCGAAGACACAGCCGUCGCUUGCGACGCUUCAGACGGCGAGCACUGUCGCGGAAAAAACACAGAUACCGGUUGCGGGCACGAAUCCUUUCCGGGUGCCAAGUCGUCGACAGGACGGCGUAUGCGCAGGAGCUCUUCUAUCGUGGCCUUCCAGGGAGUGCGCUGAUGCACCCAGUUACCAGGUUCAGUUGCACAAGCGGCGACCGACACCGCACAGGUCAACAGUGCCGGCACGAUGCGCGGUUCCCGCUCAAGCAGCGUCCGGAAAAGUCGCUGCGUCGCGAAUAUUGCGCCUUCGCCCUAGACAUACGGCAGCAGAGAGCCCACCGGGAACCGCAGGCGGCACAUCCCGCUGUGACUCGCGCUACGCGGCAUGUCCAUGGACAGAACUUGGUACAAUGGGCUUGGUCACCUUCGAAUCGGGACCGGGUUCUCACGUACAUCACUGACGCUCGUAUCGGUUUGCGUGGCAACGACCUGCAGCGGUUGCAGCAUCCGAACUGGCUUAACGAUGAGGUCAUCAACGCGUAUUUGGGUCUCCUCAAUCGAGAGUAUCGCCAGCACGGCGUCUAUUGCUUUCAUUCCUUUUUCUAUACGCGUUUGACGAGUCCCAGCUACUGCUUUGCGUACGUUCGGCGCUGGACGACUCGAGCUCGCUUCACGAUCCAUCGAGACGCUUUACUGCUCAUUCCAGUGAAUAUUGCUCAACGCCAUUGGGUUCUGGUCGCCAUCGACGCGAACCGGCGCGAGCUGCGCUGCUACGACUCCAUGCACAGCCAAGACGGAUGGUGUGUGCUUCCGAACCUCCGCCAUUGGCUGACUGACGAAUGCAUCGACAAGGGCGUCGAGGAUCCUUGGCUGCUUUCCGAUUCGUGGACGUUAUCGCUUGCCCACGAGCAUGAACGGAUUCCUCGCCAGACGGACGGUGGCUCGUGUGGGGUCUUUUCUCUGCUCUUCGCCGAGGCACUGGCCAAGAACUGGAGCCCUGCGCGUGUUCCGUCGCCAGGCAAGCCGGCACCGCUGCCGUUGACGAGUCUUCGGUUCCAGUUUGCGCAACGAGACAUCCCGGAGCUGCGCAAGCGCCUAGUGAUGGCACUCCUUCGCCAGCAGAGCAGCCUGGAUGCCCCUGAAGCCUCCGUGGAUCGCAUAUCCCGAUAG